AUGGAUGCCCUAAACGUCGUUUUCGGUUAUGGGCCUCGUUCGAACCUCGACCAGAUUUCUGCCAUCGGCUCCGAGCGCUACUUUCCAUUUGGCGCAGGCAAGGCAAUUGCAAAUGUUUUCCACGAUGGUCGUGCACUCAUCGCUUCCCGUGGCUUUGUCCACUCAGCGCGGCUCGGUACGGGCCGUCUGCUACUCAAUGUCAACGUCACCCAUGGGAUAUUCCGCCCUUCGGGCAAGGUCGUACUCGAUGCCUCCGCCACCAUCGACGUCCUCCUCACUAGCGGUAUCAUGACCAUGUCCAUCUGCGGUGGCACGGAGGCUGACUCAACCAUUUGA